AUGAGAGGUGCACGAAUUCGGAUACAACUUAUAAUGAACCUACCCCAUAAAUUUUCAUUUAAUUUUUCAUCAUAUUUUAUUCCAUUUAAUCAUCGAUAUUUAUCAACAAAAUGUAUACAUGGUAUUCAAACACAUGAUUGUUAUUGUUAUAAAAAUUUUAUUUCUAUACCUAUUAAUCAAAAAUUAUAUCAUCCAAAAACUUAUGUUCAUCAACUUUGUACACAUAUAUUAAAAUAUGAAAAUUCGAAUUUAAAUUUAUUAAUAAUAAUUAUUUCUAGUCUAUUUAUAUUAUAUAUUAUUAUUUUAAUUAUUUCAUCUAUAUUUAUUUGUAUUUAUUAUAAACAAUUAGAAUAUGAAAAUGAACAAAAUUCAAUAAUUGAAUCAAAAUUAAUAACAAAUCAACGAUUUUCUCUUAUUGAAAUUGCUUCUGAAUUACAGUUUGAAUGA